UCAUCUAAAAUGACGGACACAAGAGUCUCAGUAGUUUUUCUGUCUGCGAAAACAUCUUGGUCUGCUUGGUUUGACUUUGGUUUUGUAAUUAGUGGUAACAGCAGUAGCAGAAUCAACAUUAUUAAAAAAAAAAGAAAAAGAAAGUUAAAAAUAUUCUGAAGAUAAAACCGCGGGGAUAGGGUUUUUGGGUAUAUUCUUCUGUGAUUUUUCUCUCUCAUAAUCCUUUCUUUCUCUCUCUAAAAAAAUGAUAGUCUUUACUCUGUGUCCAACUCCAACCAGCUCAGUCCUUCACUCUUCUUCUAAUAUCUGUCUUACCCAUUUCGCUUUAAGCUCUAUCUCAAACCCCAUUGGAGGUGGAAGUUUAAGCUUCAAGCCACGGACCAGGGCGUGCCGGUUCCUGGUGCUCUUCUCUGCCCAUUCCAAUCCCAAAAUUGUUAAGUCCAACCGUAGGUCCCGGUACGGUCAGGCUCUGUCUCCGUAUGAUAGUGAGGAAGAAGAUGAAGAAGAGGGUGGUGAUGAUAAUGAAGAUGAAGAUGAAUUUGAAGAUUGGUCGACUGAUGAUGAAUUUGCAGAGGUUUCAGAUAUUGAUGCUAAAAGAAAGAGGUCCAAAUUGCAAGGAAGAUUUGGUGGAAGCGGCCGAAAACAACCUGAAAAGGGCCAGAGCAGAGUCUUAUCAAUUUUUUCUGUGGAUAAAGAAUUAGGUGGCAAAAAUGGCAAGCACACUCUAGAGAAAAGUAUUGAUGGAAGUUAUAGCCGUACUUUAAACAGAAAAGAAGCAGUUAGUUCCCUAGAUGCACGCAAAGAAAAGCUAAAUUUGAGGAAAAUUAUUAAGAAUAAAUAUCCUCGGCUAUUUGAAGAGAUAGACUUAGAUGAAAAAUGGUUACCCCUUAUAGAUUACUUGAGCACAUAUGGGCUUAAGGAAUCACACUUCAUUCAAAUGUAUGAGAGGCAUAUGCCUUCCCUUCAAAUAAAUAUAUGUUCUGCACAAGAAAGGUUGGAGUACUUAAUUAGUGUUGGUGUUAAACAAAGGGAUGUAAAAAGAAUACUUAUGAGGCAGCCACAAAUUCUACAGUACACAGUGGAGAACAAUUUGAAGUCCCAUGUUGCUUUCUUGACGAGUUUAGGCAUUCCAAAUUCUAGAAUUGGACAGAUAAUAGCUGCUGCUCCUUCCCUCUUUUCGUACAGUGUUGAAAAUUCACUGAAACCCACGGUGAGAUACUUGGUUGAAGAAGUUGGCAUUAAAGAAAAGGAUUUAGGAAAAGUGGUGCAGCUAAGCCCUCAAAUUCUGGUUCAGCGGAUCGACAUAUCCUGGAAUACUCGUUAUAUUUUCCUUUCAAAGGAAAUAGGAGCAUCCAGAGAUAGUAUGGUGAAGAUGGUCACAAAACAUCCGCAGCUCCUGCAUUAUAGCAUUGAUGGUGGAUUAUUACCCAGAAUCAAUUUCCUUAGGAGUAUAGGAAUGAAAAAUGCUGACAUCUUGAAAGUUAUAACUAGUCUUACACAGGUACUAUCUUUGUCGCUUGAGGAGAAUUUAAAGCCCAAGUAUUUGUACUUGAUCAAUGAGCUGAGUAAUGAAGUGCACUCAUUGACCAAAUAUCCUAUGUACUUAAGCUUGUCGUUAGACCAGAGAAUCCGACCUCGGCAUAAGUUUUUGGUUUCCUUGAAGAAAGCUCCAAAGGGGCCAUUUCCUCUGAGUUCAUUGGUUCCAACUGAUGAAAACUUCUGUGAGCGGUGGGCUGGAACUAGCUUAGACAAAUAUCUAGCAUUUCGGCAGAGACUACUACUCAAGGAGUUCGCGAACAAAUAUGAAAAAAAGCACUAAUAUGGUGUUCUGAAGCUUCACCAGAUUUAAUGACUGGGUUUGAAGAGCAGUGUUAAUUGCAUCAACUUUAUUGCCCUUUUAAUUAUACCAGGACGAAACUGUAUUUGAGGUUUCAAGUUGAAGCUCAGACUAUGGUUUCUUAUUCUUAAGCUUCUGUUGAGAACAUCAUCAGGCUGCUCGUAAUUAUGAUAAUUUCAUGACAAUGUUCCAGAGCAAUAACAUGUGUAGAAGAUGAUCCAAAUCUUUCUCAGAUGGCUCCUAAAAACAUUUGAAGUAGGUGAUUGUUGCAGAAACUAUCACCACCGGUGAUUAUCAACUAAGUUACUAAUACAGAACAAAGGUCUGGUCAAAUUACUGUAAAUCAUGGUGACAACUUGGGAGAAAGCUGACUAACUGCAAAUUUUGUCAUAUGCAUUAAUAGUUUCUAAAUUUUAUAUUCUUUUUCUGCUGAGACAGUUAAAUGUUUUUGUUAUACCUGUUCAUCCUCCAGAUGCCCAUAAGAGUUACAUAUCAGCUUGUAAUUUUUCUUCUCUUCUCAAUCAAUUGUAAAGAACACUAAGAAUAUUCCAAUAUGUUUUAUAUCAGGUAUUUUGAUAA